AGGGCUCUAAUAAUUCAUCGCAGUUAUUUCUGUUGAUAAACAAACGUAUCACAUCAAUGCAGACAGAAUCGAUCCAAAUUUUGCAAAUUCGGUGAAAUUCCUCUGAAAGUUACUAAAGUCGUUAAAGUUUGGUAAUCCAAAGUGCCAUGGAGUGCCGAUUUUGCCCGCGCAGCGGUGGCGCCGAAGACGACUACAUCUCACUCCACGACCAGGCCGACUUUGCCAACGGCGCUUCCCUGGCGGAAGCGAUAUUCGAACUGUGCUCCGUGACCACAAUAUCGGACGACCAAAUUGGCCCGCAGCAGAUUUGCCGAGAGCGAUGCCUACCUCGUCUAAGGGACGGUUUCCUGUUUCGCCAGGAGGUACUCCAAGCCGAGAACCAGUGGCGGGAAAAUCGCCAAAUCAGCCUGAAGAUCGAAAUCGACGACGACAACGGCCGGGAAGAUGUGGAAGAGGAGUACGAGGCUGAGUUCCUGGUUUACGAGGAAUCGGAAGGGGGAUUUGUGCUGCCGCCGGGGGACAUGAUCCGGACCCGAUUGGAGUAUAACAAUUUCGAGUACAUUGAAUUUGAGGGGGAGAAAUGCUGUGGGUGUGGGGGAUUCUUUGGAAGUAAGGAACUUUUGGAAGCACAUGCUGAGGAUAUGCAUAGGAAUCGGGAGGAGUCUUCUGGGAAGGAGUGGAGAUGUUCGACGUGUGAAAGUGAGUUUGAAGAUAGAGGGGACUUGGAGAAGCACGAACAGAUGUUCAAGUCGAAGCACAUUUUCUAUUGCAAACUUUGCUUGGAGGGGUUCUAUGAGAAAGAUGAGUUCUUAACUCAUAUGGAAGUGCAUCGAGAGGAGGGAGAUGAGGAGGAACAGAUCACCGGAGAUCAAAUUGAACUAGUAGAACCGCCACCCACUGAUGGCCAAGAUGUGGAAGUGGACUACCAAAUGGCCGAUAACGAAAUGGAACGUAAAACCCAUGGUCAACGUUUUUCCCCAAAGCUUCCGGACCAAAGUCUGAUUAGCUCUGUGGAGGAUUAUGACCAGUAUCAGAUUGUCCACGUGGACAACGCCGAAAGAUGCUGCGGAUGUGGAAUCUACUUCGAGUCCUUUGAGCUGCUGAUGAAUCACGCCCAUUUGGAGCAUCAAAGCAAACUGGAGAAUGCUGAGGAAUUUGAACCGUUUUGUGAGAUCUGCCAUGAAAGGUUCAAAGCCCCGUGGGCUUUGAAUGCCCACAAGACCCAUUGCCGAUACGUUAAGGAACUGUACUACUGCAAACUGUGUCAAGUCGUCUACGCCAGGAAGUUCCAUCUGGCGAAGCACUUUGAGAAUACGCCUGGCCAUACAGUUGGCACCGUGAUUAUGGAAGGAUUUGUGUCUCCAUCAAGUGCUGAGCAACGCGCGGGAAUUUCCUGCUGCUUCCUGAAGUGCUCUCAAAUGUUCGAAUCCGAGAAGCAACUCCAGCUCCACGUGGAAGAACUCCAUGCCCCACGCCUCCAGCUGAACAAAUCCGAAAGAUCCAGCGAGAAGCACGUCUGUCCGGUCUGCCAGCGAUCCUUUGCAUCCCAGCAUUUACUCCUGCUCCAUCGCAACCGCGCCACCAAGAAAAAGCACAUGUGCAGCUUCUGUGCCGAGUCGUUCCUCAUCCCGAGCAAGAUGCGCGAGCAUGAACUUCUGGUCCAUUCCGGGGAAGUCCCGAACCAUCAGUGCGACGUCUGCCAAAAAUCCUUCCGAACCAAGUACCUGCUGAAAGCCCACCGCGAGACGCACGAUCAGGAACGUAACUUCCCGUGCGACCAGUGUCCGGCCGCCUUCCGGCUCCGCUUACAACUAAGGAAACACGUCCGCGGAGUGCACCCCACCUGCUUUCCCUACCGGUGCCCGUUUUGCGAGAAACAGUUCUCCACCAAACCGAAGCAUGAUUUGCACCUGAGGUCGCAUACCGGUGAAAAGCCGUACCCCUGUCGGUACGAAUCCUGCGGGAAGCAGUUCUCCCACGUGACCGACCGGAAGCGACACGAAAUGGGAGUGCAUACCAGCGAGAGGCCGUACCAGUGUGAUCGGUGUCCCGCGGCUUACCUGCGGAAGCGGGAGCUAGUGGUGCACCAGCAGAGGCAUGGGACGGUGGCCAAUGCUGUUGUUGACAGUUGAGUUGAGAUGAUGUUCUCACAAGUAAAUUGAGUAAAUUCCUAUCAAAUGUA